CCAACAUGGCAAGGCAGCUGUAUUCCCAGACUCUAGUGUCUAUCAAGUGGCUUGCUGGUGCUAUGCAGGCUGGCCAAACUGGACCAGCUCUACGUGUUCUGGAUGCCUCAUUUUACUUCCCACCUGUUAGAGAUGGACGCAAGGAGUUUAAAGAGAAGCACAUCCCAGGAGCAUUAUACUUUGAUAUAGAUGAAUGCAAAGACAAGACAUCUCCUUAUGAAGUGAUGUUGCCCAGUGAGGCUGACUUUGCCAGUUAUGUGGGCAACCUUGGCAUUAACAAUGACAGCCAUGUUGUGAUUUAUGAUGCAGAUAAUUUAGGCAUGUACUACGCUCCCAGGGCCUGGUGGAUGUUUCGGGUGUUUGGACACCAUAAAGUUUCAGUUCUGGAUGGAGGGUUCAGGAACUGGUUAAAAUGUGGGUUCCCAGUGACAUCUGAGACAGUGACACCAAAACCAGAAACCUAUCGCGCAGUCCUGAACCCCUCACUAGUGAAAACGUUUAAGGACAUUCAGGAGAAUAUGAACUCUAAAAAGUUUCAGCUGGUGGAUUCCCGUUCAGAGGGGAGGUUCUUGGGGACAGAACCAGAACCAGGGGAAGGCAUCGACCCUGGACAUAUCCGUGGAUCUAGUAACCUUCCAUUCACAAGCUUUCUGACAGAGGAAGGGUACGAGAAGUCCCUGGAUGAAAUAAAAAAUCUCUUUAAGGAGAAUGGGAUUGACCUAAGCAAACCGUUGACUAUCACCUGCAGACGGGGUGUCACUGCUUGCCAAUUGGCAUUGGCCUCUUACCUUCUGGGAAAAGACGACACAGCAAUCUAUGAUGGAUCUUGGGCUGAGUGGUUCUUCAGAGCCAAACCUGAGCAAAAGGUCACUAAGCCGAAGAGUGAAACUCGUUAAGAAUGACAGAGCUUACCUAAAGGAGCAUAGAACCAAUCUGCAACACCGCGUAAGAUUAGAGGAACCCAAAAAUCAGAACUCAGUCCUGGCAAAGUAUUUCCCUUCACCCAGAAUAAAAAUUUGAAAAAUCAGUCCUGCACUAUAUGGAAUAUUUCUAUAUACACAAUAACCAGUUAUUAAAGAAUGCUGAUUUUUUAAUGCCA